AUGUGUCCUCGACCAGAUGUUGUCACUCAACCGCACCACCACAUCUGCAGGUCUCGCCAACCCAACAUCUGCAGGUCUCGCCAACCCAACAUCUGCAGGUCUCGCCAACCCAACACCUGCAGUCUCGCCAACCCAACAUCUGCAGGUCUCGCCAACCCAACAUCUGCAGGUCUCGCCAACCCAACAUCUGCAGGUCUCGCCAACCCAACACCUGCAGGUCUCGCCAACCCAACACCUGCAGUCUCGCCAACCCAACACCUGCAGUCUCGCCAACCCAACACUUGCAGGUCUCGCCAACCCAACACCUGCAGGUCUCGCCAACCCAACAUCUGCAGGUCUCGCCAACCCAACACCUGCAGGUCUCGCCAACCCAACAUCUGCAGGUCUCGCCAACCCAACACCUGCAGUCUCGCCAACCCAACAUCUGCAGGUCUCGCCAACCCAACAUCUGCAGGUCUCGCCAACCCAACACCUGCAGGUCUCGCCAACCCAACACCUGCAGGUCUCGCCAACCCAACAUCUGCAGGUCUCGCCAACCCAACAUCUGCAGGUCUCGCCAACCCAACAUCUGCAGGUCUCGCCAACCCAACAUCUGCAGGUCUCGCCAACCCAACAUCUGCAGGUCUCGCCAACCCAACAUCUGCAGUCUCGUCAACCCAACAUCUGCAGUCUCGCCAACCCAACACCUGCAGGUCUCGCCAACCCAACACCUGCAGGUCUCGCCAACCCAACAUCUGCAGGUCUCGCCAACCCAACAUCUGCAGUCUCGCCAACCCAACAUCUGCAGGUCUCGCCAACCCAACACCUGCAGGUCUCGCCAACCCAACACCUGCAGGUCUCGCCAACCCAACACCUGCAGGUCUCGCCAACCCAACAUCUGCAGGUCUCGCCAACCCAACAUCUGCAGUCUCGCCAACCCAACAUCUGCAGGUCUCGCCAACCCAACACCUGCAGGUCUCGCCAACCCAACACCUGCAGGUCUCGCCAACCCAACACCUGCAGGUCUCGCCAACCCAACAUCUGCAGGUCUCGCCAACCCAACAUCUGCAGGUCUCGCCAACCCAACACCUGCAGGUCUCGCCAACCCAACAUCUGCAGGUCUCGCCAACCCAACACCUGCAGGUCUCGCCAACCCAACAUCUGCAGGUCUCGCCAACCCAACACCUGCAGGUCUCGCCAACCCAACACCUGCAGGUCUCGCCAACCCAACAUCUGCAGGUCUCGCCAACCCAACAUCUGCAGGUCUCGCCAACCCAACAUCUGCAGUCUCGCCAACCCAACACCUGCAGUCUCGCCAACCCAACACCUGCAGGUCUCGCCAACCCAACACCUGCAGGUCUCGCCAACCCAACAUCUGCAGGUCUCGCCAACCCAACAUCUGCAGGUCUCGCCAACCCAACAUCUGCAGGUCUCGCCAACCCAACAUCUGCAGGUCUCGCCAACCCAACACCUGCAGGUCUCGCCAACCCAACACCCGCAGGUGUGGUAAGAUAA